UAUGUGUUAUGUUGAAUGUUUUGUUAAGCUAACUGUUUUCUUGCUGUCAAGUUCAUUGAACAGAACAUGGAGUUGUCGGGUCUAGUCGCUGUGAUUUAUCUCCUGGUUGCCUCAGCAACGAGCUCAGAGACGUCUCCAAGGCAACUCAACACGGAAAACAUCCUGAUUAACGUGACAGCAGGGACUGUGGACACUCAGCUACAGGACUCCAACAACCUGCAGAUCAACCUCAACAUCUCAGUGGGAGAAGAGCAGGUGCUGGUCAAUGACGUCCCAGUAGAGCUGUCAGGGGUCACCAGGUUCACCUGCCAGGCUCUGCUCUUAGACAGCAUCAAUGGCAGCAGUGAGUUUGAGUCUGGGGACCUGGUGUCCACGGUGACCCGGGUCAUGGUGAGCCAGAACCGGCUGUACAGCGACUCGGAGGAGGUGGUGGCGCUGCAGGUGUUCAGUGAGGUCAUAGAGAUGGAGGGCAAACAGGUCCAGCAGCCUGACAUGUGUGAGGUAAAAAUACUGAUGAGCCCAGAUUUCCAGAAACUGGCUCAGUUCACCAACAUCUACCCCAUCGGACACAGCGAGAUCUUCAGGGUUCCCAGGGAGAACGAUGUGGUGGUCACAGAUCCACCCAACCCUAGAAAAGAUGAGGAGCAGCUGAUGUCCCAGACCACCAGCCAGUCCCCCCUGAAGCAGACCGAGACCACCCAGGAGGAGAUCGCGGCCCCCGGGAAGCUCCCGGAGACCCCGCUGCGUAUGGACCCCGACCUGCUGUACGACGUCAGAUACGAUGACGAGUUUGAAGCCAUCGGGCCGAGCCAGCCGGAUCAGAUCCAGAUGGAAACACCGCCCAAAGAAUUCAUAUCGUCUUACUCUGCCAUGUGUCAGUGGGUGGAGGAGGUGCGGGAGCGUCUGCGGCGCUUCAGCUCCGAGUCUCUGCCGCUCUUCUUCCUGGUCAUGUGGGUCGUGGUGAUCGGCGUCGUUGGAUCCGCCGUCAUCGUUAAGAUCCUGGACAUGUUCUUCCCAACCUGUGAACACAAGCACAUUUUCCACCUAAACCCCGUCAGUCUGCUGCCGGAGGAUGAGAAGCACACUCUGCUGGAGAAUGUUGAGAUCGAGGCAGAAGAAGAUGAAGAAGAGGAGAAGAAGCCUUGAAGGAGGAGCGACUGAGCAGCUCCUUUAUUUCAGUUUGUUCUUAUUUGUUCUUGAACCUUUUCAGCAUGGCCUGGUUUUGUCACAAGAUUAUAUUCAGAUUUGUGAACCAUUUCAUUUUGUUUUGACUUCAAUUUAACCUUUAAGCACAAAUAGGUGGUUUAAAACCAUUAAAGUGACUGAACACAGUUCCUUGGUGUCACUAGAUGGAGUCACAUGGUGGACUGGAGGAGAAAUGAGUGAUUCAUAGUGAAGAGCUCCAGAUAAAGACUAUAUAGACUCUAUAUAGACUAUAUAGACUCUAUAAAGACUAUAUAGACUCUAUAAAGACUAUAUAGACUCUAUAAAGACUAUAUAGACUCUAUAAAGACUAUAUAGACUCUAUAAAGACUAUAUAGACUCUAUAUAGACUAUAUAGACUCUAUAAAGACUAUAUAGACUCUAUAUAGACUAUAUAGACUCUAUAUAGACUAUAUAGACUCUAUAAAGACUAUAUAGACUCUAUAAAGACUAUAUAGACUCUAUAUAGACUAUAUAGACUCUGUUAACCUGCAGUCAGAAAGUCUCUGCUCCUGUGAUUGGGCUCAUAGAAUGAAGGGAAAACCACUUUAUCAAGUCACAAAUGUUACUGGACUUUUAAAAUAAUAAAUUACUGAUUACAAGAAGAAGAGUUUACUCAUGCUGCAUCAACGUGGCUUAUUUUUUCCCAAUCUGUCCUAGUUAUAUUGUUUCAAAAUGUAAAUCAAUAAGCAGAUUAUUCUGCUUGUUUAAUAUGUGAAAAUAAAAGGCGGGAAGGGUUACGAGCCAGCAGAGACUCCAGUAACUCUGUGCUCGAUCCUUUGAUCCACUUCUGGACCAGAAAGGAAACAUUAAAGAUCCUCAGAGCAGAUAGAAGGACUGCAGGUAGAACUAAUGAAUAGGAACAAACUGAACAUUUAAGGGGCUGCAUCUAAUGAUUUCCACUCUUUUGUUCACUGAAAAGACUUUGGACAUGUAGCACUUCUGUAUAGGUCACACUUUCUCCAACAUUAUACCCACUGCUGAACACGUGAAGAGAAUGAAGGCAGCAGAUGCACUAUAUUGUGUUAAUUCAACAUAUUUAUGUAAUAUGAGGCAGGCCUUGUCUCCUGUCUGUCAUCCUUUAAGUCAAGACAAAGAUAAAGAAAACUCACAGAUAUCAUAUUUCAAUAUGUUGCCACUGAUAAAGAAAGGUCCGUUUUUAAUUUAAAAGGAAAAAGAUUCAGAUUAUUGUCUGCACAUUAUCCUCCACAGCUCUUAACUCUGAAUGUCACUACUGAAGACACGUGUCCCUUUAAGGCCUGUUCUCCACUACUGAGGCUUGUUAUUGAUUGUCUUUCUUCACAGUGCCUCAGUGACUAUUUGGGGACUAUAUCAGAAUGGGGGGGUUAUAUCUAAUUUAUUUUCUUUGACUGAUUCUGUGUGGUUCCUUGUUGCUAAUAAUGGAGAAUGUAAGAGAUGUUCAGAUUGUCUAUGCACUCUAAGACUGGACUGAUGUUAAAUGUAGAGUGAACAAAGAAAAGGCCACACAUCCAAUGAUCCAGUAUGUAAAAUAUUGUUAGUACAUUUAAACUCUGGAGUGAAAACUGGACUUGACCCUGCAUGUAUGUUUAGUUUUUUUGUAGUGAAUGGCUGUUUUAGGGCGAGAAUGACUGAUGAUAAACUCUCAUUGCUGUUUGAGGGACCAAGCAGGACACCAGGCUGGUUAUUGGUCAUCAAUGUGGGUUUGAAUCAUCUAAAACUCAGCAAGUGUUCCACAUGGUUUUGUGUGAUUUUAAAAUGUACUUGUCAUGCUUUUUAAAAACAACAUGGGCUUGUGUACCUCAGGACUGCUGAGGUUGUUGUGGUUCAGUUUGUCUGCAGGAUGCAUGAUGUACAGAGCAACAGGUGCAUGUGUAGUCUAGCUAGUGAAUGCAGUCUGCUGUUCUACCAGCAAGUUAACAUUAAAACUCAUUAAAACUCAUAAACUAGGACUCUGCAUGAUGACAAAAACAUGUCAACCUUUGUUUGGUUCAGCCUCAAAUUACAAAUUGAUUAACUCAACAACGUUCUGUAGACACUAAACGGUGUCAGGCAAGAAUUAAAAAAUGUUGCUGAAGAUAAAACUAAAAUAUAUUUUUGAUCUGCACCUUGUUAAAAUGGCGGUAGACCCAUGUGUUACUAUUUCGAGACAUUUGUGUGCAUAAAUUGUAUGAAUUACAGCUGGACUGUGUACUUGGGUCUAAAAUCUUGCUGAUUAAAAGCUUUCUCCUUAUGACCAUCA